AUGCUCGAAUCAGACUCGAGAUCCCUUGCUGUAGGUGGUGCAGGCGCUGGGUUGAUUUUACUGCUCACUUUACCUUCAAUUUUCGGCACCCUAUCCCACUUUCGAUCUUCAAAAGUCAAACCGUCUGUAUACGAAGACAAAGAUGGAGUUGCUACGGAUGUAUCGAUUGCAAAUUACUCUGCCAAAAUCCCUAAAGCCCUGCUUGCCAUAUUUACUCUCUUUGGCUUAUUCUCCGCCAUCGCCUUGGCGAUUCUGAGCACGUUGGACUCGCGCAUGGUCAUGUUUCUAGACAACUGGUUAAAUGUUGCUCAAUGGGUCCUUAUACUUGUACAAACUGCGGUCAUAUUAACAGUUCGGGAUACAGUUCGAUCGUAUGCGCUAGGCGUUUACACGGCCCUCUCAGCGACCAUUCUGCUGUCAAUCCUUCUUUUCCAAGACCAGCUCAUUACAACCAAUUCCCAUGCCCGUCCUAAUUCUGUCGAGCUUGGUCUUAGAUCUAUUCAGCUCUUCGUUGUAGUUCUGUCUGGGUUCGCCAGCGUGUGUAUACCCCGCCGUCCAGAUGUCUAUUAUGCUGAGAAGCUAGUCGACAGAAUGACGACUGUGUCUGCCCUGUCUAAAUAUAGCUUCUCGUGGAUCGGACCACUACUCGCACUUGCACGUGACAGGAAGCGUCUGGAGCUCGUCGACCUUCCAAAAAUGAACCAUCUUACUCGCUCGAAAGACUUGAUGAAUUCUUGGUCCGAAACCAAGCACACGAAACCACUCUGGGCAGAGAUCAUACUCGCUCACAAAUUCCCGUUAAUGCUUCAGUGGUUUUUGACCUUGGUUCAAGCGUUUGGAAACGUUGCCCCUACAUUCGUUACCUACAAGAUCUUGCAACUGUUGGAAAAGCGUGUUCCAGGCCAGACCGUAGGUCCCGAGGCUUGGAUUUGGGUGCUCACCCUCACUUUGACAACAAUCGCUUCAGCAUGGGCGGAAUCCUGGUUGUACUGGAUAUCGUGGUCCGAAAUCGCACUUCCUGUUCGAGCCCAAUUGUCUACCUUGGUAUUUCAGAAGGCUAUGCGGAGAAAAGAUGUCAAAGGAGCCUCCGCGAAGGCCAACAAGAAGGCGCCUGGAGAUGACGGUGCUCCCACAGACACACUAGCGAACGCCGCAGUCACGGACAAACCAGAAGUUGUGGAAGAUGAUAGUGAUCCUAAGGGGAAACAAUCGACCGUCAAUCUUAUCGCGAUUGAUGCGAAACGCGUUUCUGACUUUUGUUCAUUCAACAACUACUUUCCUGGAUGUGUUUUUAAACUAACCGUCUCGUUUACAUUUUUAAUCAGCAUUAUCGGCUGGAAGUCUUUACUAGCAGGAUUUGCAGCUAUGUCUCUGAGUUUACCAAUCAACAUUUACUUUAGCAAGAGAUACUCUGACGCUACAGAGAGGCUUAUGAAGGUGCGAGAUGUGAAGAUGGCUGUGGUUACAGAGGCGUUGCAAGGUAUUCGUCAAAUAAAGUUCUCUGCUUUGGAGACAAAUUGGCAUGAUAAGAUUGGGAAAGUACGUGAGACUGAGCUCACUGAGCAGUGGAAUGUAUUUGUGUCUGACGCUUUUCUACUCUUUUGCUGGAUUACGAACCCGAUAGCUCUCGCCGCGACCUCCUUGGCCGUAUACGCAUGGCUGUAUGGCGAGCUUACUCCCUCGGUUGCAUUUACAGCAAUUGGGAUAUUUGGUGCACUCGAAGUCACACUAGCUGUCAUUCCGGAACUUACUACCUAUCUGAUUGAUUCGUGGGUAUCCAUCCAUCGCAUUGAAAAAUAUCUGGCCGCCCCAGAGAUAUCUGAAAACACGAGCGACGGUCCGAACAUCUCCUUUGAGGACGCCUCGAUCGCAUGGCCUUCUGACGAAGAAAAAGUGGAUGGCGAUGAGCGAUAUGUUCUUCGAAAUCUCAAUUUCUCAUUCCCCCCCGAGGAGUUGAGUGUGGUGAGUGGCAAAACAGGGACUGGUAAAUCUCUCCUUCUGGCAUCAAUUCUGGGCGAAGUCGACUUGCUUUCCGGCAAGAUCAACGUUCCACGGGCUCCCCAUACAUUGGAUCGUCACGACGAUUUGGCGACAAGGGCCAAUUGGAUAAUUCCUUCCGCUGUCGCGUUCGUGGCUCAAAUCCCUUGGAUUGAAAAUGCUAGUAUCAAGGAUAACAUCCUCUUUGGUCUGCCGUAUGACGAAUAUCGAUAUGAAAAGGUCUUGGAGGUCUGUGCCUUGAAGAAAGAUUUACAAAUGUUAGGUGAUGGAGAAAACACCGAAAUUGGAGCGAACGGUAUCAAUCUCAGUGGUGGUCAACGAUGGCGAGUUACCUUUGCAAGAGCGUUAUAUUCAAGAGCGGGUAUAUUGGUUCUCGAUGACAUCUUCAGCGCUGUAGAUGCUCACGUUGGGCGUUUCAUCUUUGAACGCGGUCUCACUGGCGAACUUGGUGUUGGUCGAACUCGAAUUCUUGUGACGCAUCAUGUCGCGCUCGUCAAAUCGAAGACGAAAUAUAUUGUCGAAUUGGGUGAUGGAACCGUCGAACACUCUGGUCUCGUCAAGGAGCUUGAGAGCGAUGGAACUCUUCAGCAAAUCAUUAGUCACGAAGGAGCUGAGAUUAAUGAUAGCGGUUCGGCUACGGCUAUCAAUUCUGAGGACUCCAGCGACGGAGAAGGCGAAACACUUCUCAAAGUAGACUCGAAAAAGAAAGACGCCAAGAAGUUCAUUGAGGACGAGGCAAGAGAAGAGGGUAGGGUCAAGACUGCGGUUUAUAUGAAUUAUCUCAAGGCCAGUGGAGGAUUACCUUAUUGGUCUUUGGCCGUUGCUUCUUUCGCAGCUGUGCAGGUUCUUAUCACAGGCAGAUCAUGGUGGCUUCGACUCUGGACGCGCGAUAAUCAGCAUACGUCAAUGACCCACGCAUUCACGUACUCAUUCCAGGUCCAUUCAAUGGCACCCAACUUUACCACUUCGAGCAAUCCGAUGUUCUAUGCGAAUUCAUCGGAAAUUCCUGAUCACCCACUUAGCUACUGGCUGGGCAUUUAUGUUGGUAUCUCAAUUGUCUCGGCUUUGAUUGGUACUUUCCGAUACUGGUACAUAUUCACAGGGUCAAUUCGCGCUUCUCGACGUCUUUUUGAUGAGCUCUCUUUCACAGUCCUUCGAACGCCUUUGAGAUGGAUGGAUACGGUUCCAUUAGGUCGGAUCCUUAAUCGCUUCACAUCCGACUUCUAUGUCGUCGACGCUCGUCUCGCCAAUGAUAUUGGUUUUGGCGCGAAUAACGUGUUCCGUUUGAUUGGAAUUAUGAUAGCAGGAAUCUUCGUCUCUCCAUGGAUAAUCUUGUUGUCGUUCGUUCUUCUCACCCUUUGCGUCUAUGUCGCUCUGCAAUAUCUUCCCGGAGCUCGAGAAGUCAAACGGCUGGAAUCGAACGCAAAGUCGCCUAUUUUUGAACAAUUUGGCUCAGCUCUUACCGGCGUGAGCACGAUUCGUGGAUUUGACAAGUCGUCGAUAUAUAUCUCCCGCAUGUUCUCAAAAAUCGACGAUCAUAGUACCUCAUACUGGUAUCUGUGGGCUUUCAACCGCUGGAUGGGCUGGCGCAUGUCAAUCGUUGGCGGUUUCUUUGCAACAUUUGUUUCCAUCUUCAUUCUAUGUAUGAAGAAUAUUGAUGCCGCUCUAGCUGGAUUCGCACUCUCAUUUGCUCUGGAAUACUCGUCAACUGUCAUCUGGACGAUUCGGCACUACGCAAACCUAGAAUUAGACAUGAACGCAGCAGAAAGAAUCAUCGAAUACUCCAACCUCCCCACCGAAAGUCUCGAAGGCAUCGACCCCCCCGCCGCCUGGCCCUCCGAAGGCCGCCUCGAAGUCACCGACCUCGUCGUCGGCUACGCCCCCGACCUCCCACCAGUCCUCCAAGGUCUAACCUUCAACGUCGCGCGCAAAGAACGAAUCGGCGUCGUCGGCCGCACCGGCGCAGGAAAAUCCUCCCUCACACUCGCACUCUUCCGCUUCCUCGAAGCCCGCCAAGGCGCAAUCUACAUCGACGGCCUCGACAUCUCCACCAUCAAACUCCAAGCCCUCCGCUCCCGCCUCGCCAUCAUCCCGCAGGACCCCGUUCUUUUCUCCGGCACCGUCCGCUCGAACCUCGAUGCGUUUAACGACCACGAUGACUCUGCUCUCUACGACGCACUCGCCCGCGUGCAUCUCCUAACUGGAACGAACACGCCCGAGUCGGCGACUUCGAACCCGAAUAAAAACACAAAUCCCUUUGCAAGUCUGAGUUCGCCUAUCACGGAGGGCGGUCUCAAUCUCUCACAAGGCCAACGCCAACUCCUCUGUCUCGCCCGUGCCAUCGUCUCGCGACCUAAGAUCAUGGUCCUUGACGAAGCUACCUCGGCCGUGGAUAUGGCGACAGACGCCCUUAUCCAAAGAAGUAUUAGAGAGGAGUUUGGGGAUAGUACCCUGAUUGUGAUCGCACAUCGGCUGAGCACCAUUGUGGAUUUUGAUAAGAUUCUGGUCCUGGGCGAGGGGAGGGUGGAGGAGUUUGGGAGUCCGAGGGAGCUUUGGGGGAGGGAAAAUGGAGUGUUUAGGGGGAUGGUGGAACAGAGUGGGGAGAGGGGGGAGUUGGAGAGGGUCGUGCUGGGGAAAACUAGUGAGUGA